AUAUUUGUCGGUUUGGCAAACUCAAACAACUCUCCCAUGCUUGUCGGAUCUCUCUCCUUUUUUGGUCUUUUCCAUUUUAGGAAAACAUCUAUACAACAACACAACGUUUCAUUAGACUUUUCAAUUUUCUUUCUCUUUGGGUUCCCAUAAGCAAAAUCUUCCGGCAUCUGUUCUCCGCUAAACACGGAGCAAUAAGGCGGAAGAACCAUUUGUCUUCGGCCGGAAAGAUUUUACCCUUUUUGGUUCUCCGGCCAGAGAUAUGGGAGCCGGUGGAAAAACGUUCAACCCUCACGUGCUCUCGGCCACGUAUCAUCACAAGCACGUGCGUCCUAUGGCCUGCGAGGAGGACUCUGAUCUCCGGAUAGGCAUCGGAGAGCUUCUUUCGCGGUGGGGCGGGCUUCAGAUGGCCGUGAAGAAUAAGUGGGGAGGCCAUGAUUCUCUCGAGAAAUCUCAAGAGCUUGCGCACGAUCUUUUUCAUCUCUUGUCUCAAACAAAUGUGAUAACGGUGGAUGAGAUAGAGAGUUUUCUACAUGAGAGCUUGCUUCUUUCUUUCAACACAGAGAUGGAAGAUGGCAGCAUUGAAGAGGUAGCUGAACAAUUGAUGAUACUUCAUGAAGAGAUCUGUUUGCGUGGGAGUCAUCAUUAAGCCAAAGAUAUCUACAGUUUGAAUGGAUUAAUUAGUUUGGGUGGACUAUUUGAUUGUCCUUUUUGUAUAAUGUAAGAUACAAAUAUGAAAAUUUGGCGGAUGACAUGAUGUGAUUAAUCAGACAUUAUAGAAUAUAUGAAUCCAAGUUUAUGUUUACUUGAAAUGUAAGCAUUCGUAAUUCUGAUAAACAGUUUCGCCUUAUGUAAUCCAGUUUCAAAUUUAACUGGUUAGAUACUUCAUCACCACUUUUUGUAUGACUGUUACAGUCUCACUGGUGUUUCCUUCAUCUUACAAGGUAUAAGAUGGUUUGAUUAUCCCUUCACUACAAGAAAACGUAGAGUAUUAACACAGGUCAGCUCACUAUUGUUACUGUGAAAGAACUCUACAACAAAAGGUCCAAACAACAACACCUACCGACAUUUAGGUGUGACAGACAUGUGAUUCUGAGUCAAUUCUUUUUUGCUUCUUACCCUUAAAUACAUGUUCAGACUAAUACAAAAUCAAGGUUCCAAACAGUUAUAAAAUAUCCUCGAGACUUAAACACCCAAAUCCUAUCAAAUAUAAGAUAUUGUUGAUCUCCUUUCACUAAUCUUCAUAGGGCAUGUUGUCGAAAUCUUCUCUGUCUUCAGCUAUGUCCGGGCAAUACCUUUGAGAAAUAAUCUCAACUUGUUCUGCAAAUGUUUUGGUUCCAGGUAAACCGAUAUGACGCACCAUCUGGUUCCCAUCGCAUCCGCAAGAGUUUUCCAAUGGUUCCCGUGUUUCUUUUGAUGCUCUUUGACGAGUUCCAAAUCCUCUUUACUCCUAUUGUUGCUUGCUUGUGAUAUCCAAGUCAGUCGUUUGAUUGUUUUGUUGUCAAGGCAUGUAAGACUAUAGUUGAGUUUACUCAUGUAAUUACUGAAUCAUCAAAGGAGGCAUUAUACACAUGGUUGACUAUUUUUGGAGUCAGAUUAGACUCACUAGAUACAUGAACUGAAAUAUGAAAAGAGACAGAGACAA